CGGUCGCCACUGAGGUCCUCCAAUUUGGCGGCUGCUGCUGCUGCUCGAGUGAUGCGCUCGGUGCUGACAGUCGGGGAUUUCGAGGAGACGCAACACAUGGCGCUGCGGACAUCGGGCCCGGAGGCAAGAGCAGGGCGAGGUUUUCGAUUGGUUUUCUUCGAGAAAUGCGCGAGGAGGGGAGGGGAGGGGAGGGGAUGAGUGAGUGAGUGAUUGAUUGAUGGAUUGAUCGAUCGAUUGAUCGGUUUGUUGGUUCGGCCGGAGGGUUGCGGAGCGAUGGGGCGGACUGUGGUGGGAGACGAGAGCCAGUUGGAUGCUCAGGUGGAUAGCAUCUUCCGGUCGGGUUGUUCGGUGCAGGUUGGGCUUCUGGUUGGCAAAUUAGGCACGGGCUCUUCUCGCGAUCUGGUGUUCGCACUUGUUCCAACUCCACAGAAAGAUGGUGAGGAAGCUGCGAGUCUGGGCCCUGGAGAUCCAAAGGGACCGAAGGAUGCUGGCUCAAAGAAGGGAAACAAGGGGAAGCCUGCCCCCGAUGGCGUUCCGAUUCACAUAAGCACUGAUUGGGUUGCUGAGCAUGCUCGACAGGUUUCAAGGAUGCUGCUGGGAGGAAUACACGUAGUUGGUAUUUACAUAUUUUCUAGUGAAGGAUCAUUCAAGAGCUCGUUGGCAACCCUUUGGAAGGCAGUGACGGCAGUUGCAGCAGUAGUUCAGUCUGCCAAUGAAGGGGAUGCGUCUGAGUACCUUCUGCUUCACAUAGCUUCCAGUCCGCGGAGAUUAUCUUGUCGAAGUUGCCCUGGCAAUGCAUCGUUCUCAGCUACUACAUUACGUCCAUGUGACUGGAGGACUGGAAAAAUUCUGAACAAUCUUCAAGAGUUUUCAUGCUCAUAUACUGUUGACAUAAGGUAUCCAGUGGUCGUAGAUCAGCCCACAAAAAAGUUGGAAAGCCUGAGGAAAUAUUUGUACUCUGCAAUUGCCGACGAAGCUAAGCGUCUCCAGACGGCUCAGGCUAUCGUCGAUGGCUCCUUGGCACAAUCCGACAGUGUUUUAGGCGCAGGAAGUCCUGUCCAUGAGGUGGAGUUUAUUCAGCCACUUGGUGGACGUGGAGUCCCAGGAUCAAUUUGCAACGGCAUGAAAAGUAAAGGCAAGGUUCUGUUCAAAGGAGACUUGCAUGCUCGAGCUUAUGGGAUUGUUCGGGAGCCUCUUUCUCGCGCCGUUGCAGAUUUGAAGGGAGAUAUAGUGGCCAGCUUAAAGUCUAGACUGGAGUUACUUGUUGACGAAGCGGAAGAAGCAGAAGAGGAUGCUAGAAUGCAGGAGCAGGAUGCGGAUUAUUCACCACCACCCGAAACGUUACUCAGCAGUCAACUGAGCUUGGAUGUCAAGGAGCAUAGUUUCGCUAUGCCCAAGAGGGUUCUGGUUCCAUGGCUUGAGGGAGCCAUGAUCUGCGACUACAUGCUUCCAGACGAAAAACUUUGGGAUGUGCAAGAGCGAUGUAUGGAUCUCUUUGGGAUGGAACAGACGAUGGAGAUUACAUCGGUCAUUGAACCUGAGAUUCUGGGAGUAGUUCCAGAAGUCAUUCUCUCAGUCCCGGCACAAACGAUACAAAUUCCUAGAGGCAAUGCCUUAAGUGCAAAUGUGGAUCUGAAGACUAAGGAAUCAAUGGCUGUCAAGAAGGAGAUUCCAAGUUUCAUUUAUUCAUUCUUAUUUGCUUUUGCUGCUCUGACACUUGUGAUAGCCAUUCUCUUCUCCCGCUUUUAUACGCAGAAAGAAUAAUCUUGCUUGGAAGAUCAAACAUAACACUAGUUUUCAAAUCUGGACGUCCUUGGUGCCUUCAUUCUUGCACGUCGAUCUGGGAUUGAGUCGCAUUGCGUUCAGUGUUCCUAUCCUCCAAAUUCCAAGACUAUCUUGCAAAUAGGAACCCUAAGGAAUGGUACGUCGUAGAAAGUAGUCAAUAAUAUUUUUAGGUUGAAUAUCCUAGUCAUUUAUGAAUGAGCACUUUCGCAUCUGUAUUCACCAAAUAAUAAAUUCCUUUUUCUGGGUACAGUAAGUUCAGAUCUGAAACUGAGUUACCUCAAGCCUUCAGCUAGCUAGUGUCGGGAUGAGAGCUCUGCUUGUGUUAUACACAAUUCUUGCACGUUUCAAUCAUGGAGUGAGACCAAGUCCAUGCCCAAUAUUGUUUCGACGCGUGCAAUCAGUUUUCCGUCAUGGACGCUGGACGUUGUAUCUCCGUUCUAUCUCCGUGUAAGACGCAGUCAAAAC